UACAAUAUCAGUGCUAACUAAGCUGGCUCAGUGGCAUGCCGCUUCUGCUGUUCGAGUGGAUAGGAAAGGUGCCUAUCCUAAACAUAUAAGUGAUGGUAUGUUCAAUGAUGAUGGUAAAAGGUUGAUAAGUAAAUUGACAGAUAAUAUGGUCCCAUACAUACUGGAUACCCUUACGACAAUUGACGGGCAUGAGGUGUACUAUGACGAUAUAAAAAACUUGGCCGGUCACAUUACAGACAAAAUUCUACAAGUGGGUGUCAUUGAUCCAGAAGAGUUAAAUGUAUUAAACCACUCUGAUUGCUGGCUGAGUAACAUUAUGUUUCGCUAUGAUAGAGAAUCGGGAAAACUGUUGGACUCUUAUCUAGUUGACUAUCAAAUAUGUAAAUAUGGAAGCGUCGCCAUCGACUUGAUUUCUUUUCUGUUAUCAUCCACUAAACUGGAAAUCAAAGUAAAUAAAUUUAAUUACUUCGUCAAGCAGUAUUACGAUCAGCUGAUAAAGCACCUGAAGUUGUUGAGCUACAAUAAAAAAUUUCCGAGUCUAAUAGACAUACAUAAAUCCCUGUUUAAGAACGGAAUAUGGGGGUAUAUGGCGGUGUGUGAUGUGAUGGCUGCAAGUUUGCUGGAAGAAACGGAAUCAGCCAGCUUUGAUAACUUAUUUUCCGAUUCGCCAGAGGCCGACGCAUUCAGAACUCUCUUAUACAACGGCAAGACCUACAAAGAGCACUUAAAGAUUGUGCUGCCCUGGCUACACAAUCGAGGUGCUCUUCAAAAAGAGACAAUAUAAACAAUUUCCAUUCAGUAUACGUGAUUUAUUUCAAGAAUUUCGCCAAAGACAUACAAUUACAAUGAUUAAAGCACUAACUUACA